CAGGCCUAGCCUUGGCUAGGCGCCUGGAUGGUCAGUUAGUCGUUGGCAAACCAGACGUUGCCAGACAUCAGUGAACGGCUAAAAUCAGAUGCAACGGAGAAUCGACCGUUGGUCGAUGCUCCGAGUAGUAGGGUAGUAAUAGAUGACACGUGGGUGUGUACAAGAACUGUCAUUCAUGAAGCCAUAACAGAUACUUAACAGUUCAUUGUGCACAAGGUGUAUUAGUAAAGUAGUGAUUGAGUGUGUAUUGCUUCCACGGUUGUUGGAAAGUGUGCCAGGAAGCGUAUGUUGCUCCCUUCGAAGUUCGAUCGACCUAAGGACAGCUGGGAGAAAACCCUUGGAAGGGGAUGCUCUGAAACGGUGUGUCAGUGUGCUCGUAUAAGAGUGAAAGGCCAUCCAGACAGUUCGAGGCAUGACGAAGUACUGGCUGAACGUGGCCCUUCUCAGGGUCGUUCUACCAGUCAUCUUGGCCGGAUGUACAAUAUGGCGACCAGUGGGGCUGUCGAUUAUCUAUCUGGGAUUGAUGUUAUAUUCUCCGAUGGUCCCAAUACCGACGCACAGAACUAUGGCAGGUCACACGGGAAUAUACCUAAAGACUUGCAUCUGCUUAGCCUUCAUUAUAGCCAUAGCUCAGAUCACCUUUCACAUAGUUCUCUUGUCAUUACCGCCCUACGGAUACUUCCUGCAAAACUGCGAGUUCCUAGAGAAGCUUUUCAGACACAUAGGCUUUGUCAGAUUAGAUAGCGCAUCUGUAUGGGAAAUAUUUUAUUGGCUGACGCCGGAAUUCCUAGUCUUACCCACCGUACUCACCGUAUACUUUAUAUGUCGUUUUCUUACACAAAAACGUAUUAGCGACGAGGAAGAAGAGCCUUCUCUUCGUCGGGAAAAUAAGCAGAAGAAAACGGAAGAUAGCACCACAAAGAUAAUCAACUUCCUGGGAGGUAUCGGUACCUACGUCGUCCUGGCGUCAUUGUGCUGCGUCGCGGCCUUGAAACCAUCGAUAGAAGCGGCUUUCUACUUCCUGGUGUUUCUCGGCGCCGCAACAUGCUGGGCCUGCAACAAAGAAUUGCGAAAGAAAUUCGCCGUGAUUUGCAGGAUUAUCAUGGUUAUCGUGAUCGCACACAUUGUCGCGUUGCUCGCAUAUCAAAAUGAAUGGCCUCAAGAAAUUAUUCCCGUAUCCAGCGCUUGGUCGCGUUAUCUGGCCCUGGCUGCAGUUUAUCACACCAACUGCAGCGAUCCGAGGAAUGUGGAAUAUACAAAUGAUGCCGAUUGGUUGAUUUAUGGAUAUGCUUUGAGACUCUUCUGGCUGUAUUAUGUCCUCGCGUUGCAAUCGCAGUUUCUUAGUAAAAAACCGGCAAAGGAAUCGAAGCGGUUAAGUGGCAAACUGGAGAAUCUGGACACUCCAUUGUCCAGACACGUGUCCAUCAGACGCAGAACACCUUCUCAAAGAUGGCAAUCAGCGCGACGUAAGGCUCGCAAGCCGGUCGUAGAUUCGUCGUUACCAACAAUCGACGAGCGAACGCCUUUGAUGCGGUUUGGAUCCGGAAGAACGGGGCUUCUUCAAGAUCCCACUACCGGAAGUAUUAUUGUUCAGGACGGUCAUCAGGACGACAGCAUACAAAUGCAAAGUCUCAGUGAAGAGAUGCCUGAUGACACACCAGGUAUCAUCGAACAAAUAAUUAUGGCAGUAUACUCCAUCUUCCAAUUAAUAGUAAACUCAUCAUAUCUGGCUACAAACAUAAUAAUGAUGACAUGGAGUAUAAUGUAUCACAGUUGGACGACAUUCGUUCUGCUUCUAUGGGCAUUGAUUCUAUGGAUGGUUCCCGAUAAACGUGCUUCCAUGAUGAAGUGCUCUCCCUUCAUCGUGUUCUAUGCAACUCUUCUGCUUCUCGGUCAAUAUGUUUAUAGUAUGGAUUUGAAUGACGACGAAUUGCCACGAAACGUGAGCUACAUCGACAUUUCUGAAAUUGGCUUUAGCAAAGCUGAUGAGCUUAGCCGUUGGCAUCUAAUAGUUAAGUGUCUAUUUAUAUCCAUGUUCUGGAUUACUAUGAGACAAUAUAUGGCAGAACGAAAACGACAACAGCGAUUUUCCACUCUGAGAGACAUGAUAGCGCCGUUACACGUGUCUGUCUCGACAGCCACAACUGCCAUGAGUCACGAUGAGCCAGAAAUCAAGAGCAAAUUUAUGAAAAACGUUGGGAAGCUAUUGCAUAAUCUAUUGACAAAAUUCUGGAUUGCCGUGGUAGCAAUCAUGCUGUUCAUCUGUGGCAUUACAGGCGAACGUAUGACAGUCUUUAGAAUUGUUUACAUGUCGCUGUUUCUCUUCUUUGUCAUCACAUUCCAGAUAUCGUGGAUAGCGUGGAGAAGAAUGAUGUACGGAUUCUGGGUGACUGUCAUUGGAUAUUCAAUUGCCAUGCUGAUUCUCGUUUAUACGUAUCAGUUUCGGAAUUUUCCGAGUUACUGGAAUGAUCUCGGUAUAGAUUCAGAUUUACAAAUGGAUAUUGGAUUGGAGAAGUACCAGAUCAAAGACCUAUUCGUGAGGUUACUGACCCCAACGUUUUUCGUCAUUAUCACAGUGCUUCAGAUUCAUUAUUUCCACAAGGAUUUUCUUAAUGUUACCAAUAUCGACAGAUUAGAGCCUGAAAGCUCAUUUAGACGCGCCAGUCUGGGAUACUCGCCUAGUUUAAAUAUUCCAAUAUCUUCACCGGCUGACGUCACGCUCACUGAAAACGAAAAUUAUACAAUAUACACAUUGAAGCAGUUAAAACAUAUGUCAAAAUUAGAAAGAAUUGCGCUAUUUCGAAGAAUAACAAAGCAUUUAGUAAAUUUUUACAAUUAUACUUGGCUCUUUCUCGAAAUUCACAUGCAGAAAAUUAUUUUUAUUUCAUUCAUACUUUUAUGUAUCAAUGAUGUAUGCGCAAUAAAUUUCUUCUUUAUCGUCGCCGUAGUUGUGAUGAUCAAUUUCAAAAGAAACAUCCAAAUAAAUGCAAUUAAUAUUAUGGCUGCAAUAAUAUCGCUUUUAACGGUCACCAAAAUGUUGUAUCAAAUCCAAUAUAUCAAUCAUGAUAACUGGAACGUCAAUUGCACUAGAUACGGAGAGGAGGAUAAUCAACAAUAUGCAAGCAACAAUACUGUCUACAACAUAGCCGAAUGGUUCGGAAUGAAAAAAGCAGGGCCGGGUAAACUUCCGGAUCUAUUGAAAGGCUAUAUUGGCAUCGUUACUGUGACAACUUUCAGAAAAAUUAUUAGAAUUCGUCAAUGGUUUUAUCGCCAUAAUAAAGGAGAACCAUUGGAGACUCCUCAAGUAAUGUUUCCGAAUAUCACUAGAGCGGAUGCUGAUAAGGGGCUGCCAGAAUGCUUAAAGUUCCUCUUCAACUACGGUUUCUAUAAAUUCGGCCUUGAGAUGUGCCUCAUCGGGAUUGUUACGCUGAUCGGCACAAGACUAGAUUUUUACUCCGUUUUAUAUAGCGUGUGGCUGUUACUAUUUUUCCCGUUAAAGAGAAGAACCGUGGCGCGAAUCUGGCCUUGUUUUAGAAGUUUUGUCAUUAUUCUUCUACCUAUUCAAUAUGCCAUCGUUGUGGCUCCACCUUCCUGGCUUUGUAUAGAAUAUCCAUGGAGCGAGUCUGAGAUGAUGAGAAAAUUGCAGGAAUGGAUGUAUCUUCCUGAUCCAGAUUUUCCACCAAAUUCUAGAAAAUUGAUUUGCGAUUUUAUCUUAUUGAUGAUGAUCGUGCGACAAAGUCUAGUCUUUCAUAUCGAACAACAAAGCUUACAAUCUGGUAGAGAUUUUGUAGCUGGCCAUAAUUAUUCCGUCUUCCAAGAUAUGGAGAAACCAAAUUUUGUGAAUCCUGUCAAAGAUUACGUAUCGCACAUUCAAUCUUGGCUGGAUAUAAUCAAACGCGGUUGCAUGAUGAGUCUCAUGUGGGUGACGCUAUCGAUUAUGUUCUUGGCUGGAACGAAAAGAACGAAUCUCUUUUCGCUCGGUUACCUCAUAGGAGCAUUCGUAUUCCUUUGGCAAGGAAGCGACUUUUAUUUGAGACCGAUGAGAAUUAUUUUAAAAUGGUGGAACCUGCUGAUUGGCUACAACAUCAUUGUUAUCUUUUUGAAGGCUUUACUUCAGGGUGUGGGCUGUGUCCUUAUCAAAGAUCUCGAAAAUUCAGCCUGUUGGCUAGUGCAGUUACUUGGUAUCGCAUGUCUGAAAAAGUUCAAGAGCUCCAGCGAAUUGCUGGAUCCCGUCAAUUCCGAGUGUAACGUUGCUAGAGAAGACAUCGGAAUGGUUUGGGAUGGACUAUGCCUUUGUUUCCUUUUAAUACAGAAACGACUUUUCAAAAGCUACUACUUCUUUCAUAUAGUAGAUGAGACAAAAGCCAUGAGCAUCCUAGCAUCUCGCGGCGCCGAACUUCUCGAAGAGCUCCAUCAGAAGCGUAUAGAUAUCCAAGAGAAUGUGGAGAAAACAGUUUUAGAAAAAUUAAAAUACAAAAUGGAUAAGAUCAAGGCUAAUCAGCAAAGAAUACAGAGACCAUCUUACAAAGAAAUUCAUGGUCACAAAGUCGAUGAACUCUAUCCAGGAACACGGCCAUUGUACAAAAUUCGUACGCCGAAGACUAACAGAGAGGCGAUCAGAUCGGGCGACUAUUACAUGUUUGACGAUCUGGAUGACGAUGAUGUUACCGAUUUGGUCCCUGACAGCGAAGCCGAGAAGAAGGAGAAAAAACUUGUCCGUCAACAGGAGCGACAAAAAAGAAGAAUGACUGUUUCGGAGUUGAUGAACACGCUGAUUAAGACAGACAUUGAAAUUGCGACGCACGUCGCCAUGUAUGGAGGGACCGAAAAGGACGCGCUGAGACUCCGACGUAGAAGCGUACCCUUGACUCGGAAGAAAUCAUCCAUGUCCUAUCUGAGCGCUCGCUCCGAGACUGAUACUGCCAUGGCUACCGAUGGUCCCGAUCGAACGAGUCUCACUUCAGUAGACAUGGAAGAUAAAGAAGCUACAGACUUGGCUAAAACACCGGAAUCUUCUGACGAAGAGGAAGAUAAAUUAGAAGACAAGAAAGAAGACGACAAAGAAAAAGAAGAGGAGAAAAAAGCCUCAUUCUCCACAUAUUUCAAGUUUCUCUUGGUGAUGAUCAACAGCACUCUAACAUCGAUGACGAAAUAUCUAAAUCGAUUCUCUCAUGAUUAUAGAUAUAUUCGCAAAGUUUUAGCGAGAGAGAAAAGAACUCUAAAGGCGAAACCAGAUUUUAGAAUGGGAACGCGAUUAGGAAUAAAUCAAAUGUGGCAGCCGAUACCUCUAAUGCAGGAACGAUCGGCUAUAAACGGCAAUACGGAAGAACAGUUUGAUCCUGGCGAAGGUCCAAGUCAACCGCGUCCACAGGAUGAAAGGAAGGAGAGCUCACUGGCAGUGCCGCAUAUCCGAAUUCUGGCGCCGAGUUUGGAGCGAGGAUUGGACAUGUCCUCCUCCAGCACACUUUUCUCGCAAGCUUUAGCAGCCCAGAAAGACGAAGAGAUUAAAGAACUUUCAGAAGUGGAUCAACCACCCAUCAUACAACUGGCAGCAUCUAUUUGGUUUGGAAUCCUCGCUCAUUCCAGUUUACUCUGUUACUUCAUGGUAUUCCUUCAUCAAAUUAAGAACGCAUCUGUACUGUCAACACCAUUGCCGCUUAUGGUAUUUUUGUGGGGUUCUUUAACGAUCCCGCGACCCUCGAAGACCUUCUGGGUAACAUUGAUUGCAUAUGUCGAGGCUAUUGUCAUAAUAAAAUGUAUUUUUCAAUUGGAAUUGAUUCCUUCACCGCGAGUUACACCAAGCAAUCCAUUAUACGUGUCAAGAAUUAUGGGCGUUUUAAAGAGACCUAAUUAUGCUCUUUGGGAUUUAUUACUGCUCCUUAUCUUGUUCUUUCAUAGAUUAAUGUUAAAAUCCUUGGGCCAAUGGACGGCUUCAUCUCUUAAACAGCGGAAAGUUAUUCCUUCUCAAUUAACUGUGCCGUCGAAACUACCACUUUCUGACAGAGAACAAGAAGAAACUGACACCGAGAAGAAAGAAACCGAUUCUCAUGUAGAGACACCUCAAGAACGAUCUUUGAACGCUCACGUAACGGAUGACACACGCGAUGUUCCGUCCACAGACGAUAACGAGAAGCUCGUGGUGCAAGAAGAAAUGCAUCCUCACAAUAAAUCUUUGUCUAAGACAAUGGAUAUGACAGUCAACAAAUAUGCCGGACCAAUAAAGAACUUCUUUGAAACGAUUAUCAGUCCAGUAGGCAAAGAGAAAACAAAUGUUUACGCUUAUAUGUUUCUUUGCGACUUCUUCAACUUUCUCUUACUCAUCUUCGGCUUCUCCGCAUUCGGAACUCAACAAGGCGAUGGCGGAGUGACGGCUUAUCUUCAGGAAAAUCGAGUUCCUAUGCCUUUCUUGUUGAUGCUGCUAUUACAAUUUGCCCUAAUCGUUAUCGAUAGAGCUCUUUUUCUCAGAAAAUAUAUUGCGGGAAAAUUAAUAUUCCAAUACUGCUUAGUAUUCGGUGUUCAUCUCUGGAUGUUCUUUAUUUUACCGAGCGUAACAGACAGACAAUUCAAUGAUAACCUUGCGCCGCAAAUCUGGUACAUGGUGAAAUGCUUCUAUCUUUUGCUAGCAGCUUAUCAAUUACGACAAGGUUACCCAACUCGAAUACUGGGCAACUUUCUAUGCAAAAAAUACAGUAUUGUAAAUUAUGUCUUAUUCAAAGGAUUUAUGUUGGUUCCGUUCCUCUUUGAACUUCGCGCAGUCAUGGAUUGGAUCUGGACUGAUACAUCUAUGACCGUAAUGGAUUGGUUUAAGAUGGAAGAUAUUUUUGCUAGCAUUUAUCAAAUCAAAUGCAUGCGAGGAGUCGAAUCAGAUUUUCCUCAACCACGUGGAGAAAAGAAAAAGCAAAUGAGCAAGUACUUGGUAGGCGGGAGUGCUCUCUUUUUCAUAAUCGGAUUAAUUUGGUUCCCGCUGCUCUUAUUUGCGCUUGGUAGUACAGUCGGCAUAUCGAAUUUACCUUACGAUGUAUCUAUGAAAAUACGGAUCGGUCCAUACGAGCCCAUCUAUUCCAUGUCCGCGCAAGGCAGCUCUAUCAUCGAAUACACGGAAGACCAAUAUAAAACUCUCACAGAGAUAAAUUCGACAGAAAGAUCGGCGGUUACAUUCUUCGAAAAUUACAAGUAUUCUGAUGUGGCUGCAGUGAGGUUCAAUACUUUCUCGAGAAAAUUUUGGAGUAUCUCUCCACCCGAUAAAGAUAGAUUGAAAACGGAAUUAGCUUCUAACACUACGACAAUAGUUGUACAUGUGGAAUGGACAGUUUCAAGAAAAACAGACGUCAAGGAUGCUACUGGAAUUACCACAACGAAUCAUGAUAUAGAACUGCUGCCCUUCGUAAACGGAGAAUUCAAUACUGUAAGACAAACAUUAGUGGACAUGCUAAGUGAGAACCCUAGCGCAGAAAAUGCAACGAUAAUAUUCCAAAGCGCUUUUCCGAAAUUUCUCAAAGUCACUGCUAGAAGCACCAGCGUUGUUCAUCAAUUAAUGCGAUCACGUCGUUCAUCGCAAACAGACGAAGAAGAUAAAGAUGAAAAAUAUCUCUACAGAAACAUCAGUAUUCAUUUAUCAACGGAGAAAGAUUGUUGUGCUCAUCAACAAUGGUGGAUGAUUCAUGAGACAUGCACCGACGAUCUAUACAAAGAUGUUUUGAACCAGGUGCCAUUAAACGAUUGCGAUAAGUACAUUAUGAUGUUUCUGUUCAAUGACAAGGCUUUCCCCAAGGAAUUGAGCUUCAUCAGCGGAUUCGGGAUUCUUGGUUUAUAUACUACGGCAGUGAUAGUCAUAAGUCAGAUGAUGCGGAAAAUCGUCAGCGAUAUGGCACCCAAGAUCAUGUUCGAUGAUUUGCCUUAUGUCGACAGAAUUCUUCGCCUCUGUUUAGAUAUUUAUUUGGUUCGCGAAAGCGGUGAUUUAUGCCUCGAAGAAGAUCUAUUCGCCAAAUUAAUCUUCCUAUAUAGAUCGCCAGAAACACUCAUUAGAUGGACGAGACCACCUGAAGAAGGAGAGCCAACUGAUAAUGAAGAUCAAGAGGAAGAAGAGGAAAUACGAGAAGAAAGAAGACAGGCAGAACCAUCUCAUCGCGAUUAGAUUGUA